AUGGCAGCACUAACAGGAGAUUACCAAUUCUCAUCAGAGCCUCGCGCUGUAAAAGCCCGCAACACCAAAUACCGAGAGCCUGAAGAAGGUCAGGCCUCAGUCAAUAUCAUGUGAGAUAAGCGCGUCGUCAGAGGCAACACCUAUGCUGCAAUGAUCGUCCCUUCCAAUGCACCUCAAGAACUCGAAAAAACUCAAAAAAAGUUCACAAAAUCUGACGGCUUACAAAAACAAGCCACAGAAGAAAAAGACCGUGAAAUCCAUACCCCAGAGCCUGUAGAAGGGCGAAAGCACGAAGAGGCCCAAACUGAAAAUAUGCCAGAAGAGCUCUCUGACAAGCCAAAAGAAUUCGAAAUUGAAACCCAGACUGAUUACCUUAUGGACCGCCCGCCUACACCUUUAUUCAUGCCGAAAAAAAUCGGUGAAGAUGUGAUUACGCAGGUAGAAGAUGGCGAGUUAUUUGAUUUUGACUUAGAAGUGGCGCCCAUAUUAGAAGUCUUGAUAGGAAAAUCGCUAGAGCAGGGUAGAAUGGAAGUACUUGAAGAAGAAGAACUGGAAGCUAUGAGAAAGCAUCAGAGGGAGUUUGAGCAGAAAAGGAAUGCGAAACUUAUAGAGGUGCAAAGAUUAGAAGCAGAAGAGCUUAGAAGAAGGGACGAAGCAGAAAGAAGAAAAGUCCAGGCAAGAACGAGAAAAGAGCAGUUACAAUUUGCACAUAAAAAAUAUUUAGCAAGGAUUUUAGCCAAAAAAUACUUGAAUAGGCUGGGGAACAACGCAAUCACUUAUUUAAGAGAUGCUGGAAUUUUCAGUGACCCAAGAGAAGUCGCGUUUCAUGACCAAUUGAUUCCGUGGCUUUCUAUUGAAAGUUUGGCAUCUUUAAAUGAAGAAAAUGCUAUUAUUGCCUUUUUAGAAGAAGCCACUCAAGAAGCCAAAAAUAUGCUUAUAGAACAGCACAAAAAAGCAAUAGAAAAAGAAUACUCAAGAAGAAGAGAAGCCCAAGAAAACGAAAUAAAAGCCCAGCAAGAAGACGAAGCAAGAAAAAAACACAGGGUUGAGCUCAGAAUUAUUAGACAAAAAGAAAGAGAAAUCGCUGCACUCAGAGCUAAAAUUGAAGAAAAAAUUGUAAAUACUGGCGCUGUUGUAGACAAUGCAGCACAACAAGUUUAUUCUGAUAUUGAUGGAAGACAGGCCACAAAUAUCAUUGGGACUCCUGGAGGGCUCUUUGGAGAGCUGCUGCAGUUUUUUAGUGCUAUUGAAGAAGCAACUGAAUUUGCAUUGAGUCAAGAACAGAUAAAUUUGCUGUUUUAUGAUUUCUUACUGCAUUGUUUGAGAGCUCCGACUGUUAUUUAUAAUAAUAUAAGGGCUGAACCGCUAGCAGAAUUUAUAAAAACUUUUGGAAAGCCUAGUUUGACUCAUCAAAAUAUAUGCUAAAUGAAGAAAAAUCAGCUAGCUUUAUUAAGAAUUAAACCUAUUUUUUAUUAAAAAUAAAUUGGGCUUUUUGAUAAAUAUGAGAAUUUUUUUGAGAAAAAAAUACAUUUGGCAGGGGACGAUAUAAAAAAUAAAAUUUUAGCCUACUUGAUUAAUGUCGAAAACUCAGUCCCAAGAACCACACUUACUCUGUUCUGGCAAAACGCAAAUGAGUUUGGUAUCAGACAAGGCCUUUUCGAAGGACUUUUAACUGCAUUUUUUAGCGCUUUAAUCCUAAAAGAUGCAGACGCAGCCCAUCCUAACCCCUUAAGACCUAAGGUUGAAAUCAGACCUACAGAGCUUCCUGAACAAGGCCAAGAAAUCGCAUUAAUAAAAAUUGUUAUCCCCAGGAGAGUCCCUGAGCCUCCUCUGGGAGAAGAAGACCAAGAGCCUGGAUCUCCAAAAGAAGUAGAAAUCAGUGACCGAGCCCUCAUGAUAAACCCUACUAGUGACGAUAUGAGUGUGUUUGUGAUUCAUCAGGCCGCCCAAAGAGUUAUCAGAGCUGAUUUGUGCCAAUGGGUAAGAAAUGUAAGGGGAUACGAAAAUAUUGAUAUGGAAAGACUGAAAGCAGUGCUUGCAGAAAAAACUGAAUUUAGGGAAUCAAAACUUAUUAGCAUGCUGUGCCCUGAUGUCCCGGUAUUUGAUUUCGAGUUUAACUAA